AUGUUCCGCUCACCACUCUUCGCCUGGUCCCCUCGACCCGACCAGGACCCCGAAAGCCAAUACACGCCCGCCUCGCCAUUCGCUACGCGCUUCCGCAACAUGAUCAACGGCUCAUCCGUCUACUCGCAAUCGCCCGCUAUCCCCCACCAAACGCCCAAGACGGCCAGAUCUUCAUUCCUGGGAUUUCUCCACCGCGAUCCUUUCCCCAAUACGGAUCAUGCACAGCACACAGCGGGCUCAUAUAUCGGCGCCAUUCAGCCCGAGGCGCCACUGGAACAGCGAACAACCCACGCUCAUGAAUCCCACCACGCCCGGCAAGAGAGCAACUUCAGCAUCGCAGACCCGGAGGUUCUGCAGCUACAGGCGGAGAUCAACGGGCGCGGGCGACGUCACAGGCGCAGAAAGCAUCGCCGACAUGAACACCACGACCAGUGGGUGCGAACAAAGAAAGGGCGGGGAACGCGGCAUUCCGGCAAGGGAACAGCAGUGCGGGGGAAGAAGAUGGCGUGUAUCCUGAGCGGAACGUUCAUGCUAGUUGUGCUAGCAAUCUACCUCGCCAUAGCCCUCACCCAAUCCCUCGGCCAAGAAAUCCACAUCCUCUUCAUAAUCAUCCUAAUCUCAACAACAAUCUUCUUCUGCCACUCCCUCAUCCGCCUCUGCAUGCUCGUCCUGCACCCAAAAACCCAUCAUCACCACCACCACCGCCACCCCCGCACCGGCUCAUCCUCACACCGCCGCCCCCUCCAACACCCCUCCACCCCAGAAAACUUCCAGCCCACACAGCCCAUCCGCGUCCACCUCGCGCGCGACGUCGAACUCGGCAUCCCCCCCUCCGACAUACAAGACAUGCCCACCGACCCCACAGACCCGGAGAAAGACAUACUCCCCCCGCCACCGCCCGCGUACGGCCUUUGGCGCAGCAGCGUGCGCGCGAAUCCGGAUUUGCUGCAUUGGCGGCGCGCGGGGGAGGAGCGGGGGGUGUUCAGCGCGGUGGAGACGCGCGCGGGGAGCGUCGUUAGUGCGGGUACGGGGAUGUGGAGUGCGGCAGCGGAGGAGCCGCGGAAUGGGGCGGCGAGACCCCCGAGUUAUGCGUCUGAGGAUGAGAGUUAUAUGGCUGAGUCGGUGGUGGGUGGGAGUGCGAUUCAUCCUGCGUGGCGCCCGGGGUAUGCGAUUAGUGAGGUGAGGCCCGGGGAGCUGCCGGGGAGGUAUUAG